GCGAUAGCAGCCGGAGGGCCGAGGAGGCGGGUUUGUGCUUUCAGGGCCGGACCAGGAUGUGGGGGGCGCGGGCACUGGGCUAGGGGAACUGAAGGCUCUAGGCAACUGCCAUGGGUGAAGGGGAGUGGCGAGGGGGAGGCCUUGGGCCUCUUCGGGUGGCGGGUGGGUCUGACGGCCUGGCGGGUCGGAGUCCCGGUUCCAGGCUGGGGAUCUGACCGGUGUCGUCCCCCAGCUCGCAGCUCGGCGGGUCCUGUCCUCGCCAUGAGGCCCCAGCAGGCGCCAGUGUCGGGGAAGGUGUUCAUUCAGCGAGACUACAGCAGCGGCACGCGCUGCCAGUUCCAGACCAAGUUCCCCGCGGAGCUGGAAAACCGGAUUGAUAGGCAGCAGUUUGAAGAAACAGUUCGAACCCUAAAUAACCUUUAUGCAGAAGCAGAGAAGCUUGGGGGCCAGUCAUAUCUUGAAGGCUGUUUGGCUUGUUUAACAGCAUAUACCAUCUUCUUAUGCAUGGAAACUCACUAUGAGAAGGUUUUGAAGAAAGUCUCCAAGUACAUUCAAGAACAGAAUGAGAAGAUAUAUGCUCCCCAAGGCCUCCUCCUGACAGACCCCAUUGAAAGAGGACUCCGAGUUAUUGAAAUUACCAUCUAUGAAGACAGAGGUGUGAGCAGUGGAAGAUAAAGCAUAGGAUUAAAGAUCCCACCUCCAGCUGGGACCUUCAUCUAUCCACUGGCUGAUGGCAGAGUGUCCCUACCUCCUCUCCAGAGCAUCAUUCCCUUGUAUCUGCUGCCAGAGCCACGGUGCCAUGUACUCUAAGGACUAACUUUCUAAAAUUCCACACCUGGAAUGACUGAUAGUCGCUCAGCAUCUACUUUGUGUCUCCAGAUUGUGUAGGACUCUGUAAUCUUUUAUUUCGUUUCUGAGAAGAAAGCAUUUCACUUUUUUUGGUCUUUUUUUUUUUUUUUUUUUUUGAGACAGGGUCUUCCUGUAGCCCCAGCUGUCCUGGAACUCACUAGGUAGACCAGGCUGGCCUUGAACUCUGGGAUUAAAGGUGUGUGCCACCAAGCAGCAUUUCACUUUUUAAUUCAAAACUAUUUUAAAAAUGUGCAGUUGGUCAGCCCAAGACACAGUUUCUUUCUCUCCUCCGCCAGCACCAUUAGUUCUCAUCAUUCCUUGGGUCAGUUUCCUAGGCGGCUUUCAGCUUAAACAAGUAAUCUCAGUUCUUCCCCCAAAUUAGAGCUUUUGGAGGUUUUU